AUGUCGUCGCCGUAUAAGAAAUUAUCAAUAAAGAGGUUACCUGUACCUACUGAGAAAGGCACAGAAGAGUCAAGAUUUUGGAAAAGAUUCAAGCUACGUUGUUCGCUUUCCGAGAUUGCAUCGGUAACUUCCAUCAAGUUUAGUCCUAUACAACCAUUUGAUUUCGCUGUAACAUCAUCUACCCGUGUUCAAAUCUACUCAACACAAACCUAUAAAGUAAAAAAAACUAUAUCAAGAUUCAAUGAUAUCGCUUACUGUGGGACCAUUCGAAACGAUGGCAAACUUCUUGUGGCUGGUGAUGCUACGGGAUUAAUUCAAGUUUUUGAUAUAAAUAGCAGAGCAAUAUUAAGGACUAUGCAAGGUCAUAAUCACCCUGUGCAUAUUACCAGAUUUGCAUCCGGAAAUACUCAAAUUCUUUCUUGUUCCGACGAUAAAACUGCCCGUAUUUGGGAUAUUCCCGGACAAGAAGCAACAUCAAUUUUCAAAGAACACCAGGAUUAUGUGCGUGCUGGAUUAAUAAGUAACGAUAAUCCUCAUUUGGUUUUGACAGGAUCAUAUGAUCAGUCAAUCAAGCUCUGGGAUUUACGUACAAAUUCUUGUACUAUGACAAUGUCACAUGGAGCUCCUGUCGAAGACGUUUUGAUGUUUCCUGGUGGAGGAAUGAUAAUUUCAGCUGGAGGACCAACCAUAACCGUAUGGGAUCUUGUUUCUGGUGGUCGUGUUGUACGAUCUGUAUCAAACCACCAGAAAACAAUCACAUCAAUGUGCUUUGACGGAUCUUCAUCGCGUCUUCUUACUGGAUCUUUAGAUCAUCAUGUUAAAAUCUAUGAUGUUCAGAAUUAUGAUGUGGUCCACAGUAUUGAAUACAGUUCUCCGAUACUAUGUAUUGCUCUGUCUCCAGACGAUACCCACAUCGUUGCCGGAAUGACAUGUGGUACUUUAUCUAUUCGUCGCCGAAAAUUGGUGCAAAAAGAACUCAGUAUGUCCCACCAAAAUAAGCAGCCAAGAGUUGGUUCCUAUAAAUACUUUACACGUGGUCAAACAUAUAGCGGUAGUCAGGAUGAUUUUAUAGUAGAAUCUAAACCAAGAGAACGUCUUGCAUUAUAUGAUCGUUACUUGAAAAAGUUUCAAUACUCGAAUGCACUUGAUGCUGCAUUAAGAAACGGAACCCAAGCGAUUUUAACUAUUUCACUGUUACAAGAACUUAUCCGUCGGGAUGCUCUACGACAGGCAAUUGUCGGACGUGAUGAUCUCUCUUUAGAACCUUUGGUCAAGUUUCUGAUAAGAUGGAUAAAUGAACCAAGAUAUACUAGCAUAUUAAUUGAUGUAGGAAAUGUUAUAAUCGAUGUGUAUUCUUCAGUGAUUUGUAAAUCUCCGUUAAUCGAAAAAUUGAUGACCACUUUACAUGCUAAAGUAAAAACGGAGAUGAAUUUACAGAAAGAAAUUGCAAAAAUUAUUGGUUCUUUAGAAAUG